AUGGUACAAACUCAAAGUGCCACUCCUUUGAAGGAAAAAAUGAGAAAAAAAACUACUGCAAAAGGCAAGGGAAAAGCAACAGUACCUGUUGCAAAAGCUAAAAGGAAAUUAGUUGAAUCAGAGGAUUCUGAUUUCCAAGAUGAAAUUCCUGAUCCAAAGAAACAAAAAACAACAUUAGAAGCAUCAGCAAGUUCUCCAAAGAAAAAAGUACCUGCAAAAACUGUUAAAAAAAUACUGAAAUCUGAUGUUAUUGAGAUCAGUUCUAGACAACAAGAUCUAAAGCUUUAUUCUCCAUAUUUUGAGGUGGAACAGUAUUUUACUACAAGAAUCAAUCACAAUGUGGGUGCUGAUGUAAUUUCAAAUAUUAAAUCAAAUUUGUCUGAUCCACAACUGUCUUUUUUUUCCGACACUUGCUUUGGGAAAUUUUUAAAGAUGAAGCGUUAUGAUUUGCAAUGCAACUUGAUUCAUGGGCUGUUAUUAAGGGAGGUGAAGCAGCCAUGUCCAUAUGAGAUGUGGGUUAAUGUUUGUGGGAAGAUACUGAAGUUUGGACUGGAGGAAUUUGUCUUGGUUACUGGUUUGAAUUGCACUGGAGAGUCUGAUAAGGGUAAAUAUUCUGAUUUACACAGUGAUUUGAAAGCUAAGUAUUUUACUGGUUUAAAUAAAAUUUCUAAGAAAAGUGUUGAAGAAUGCUUUCUACUGAAAAGAUGGGAUUCUGAUGAAAAUGCGGUCAAGCUUGCUGUAUUAUAUUUCAUUGAAUUAUUUUUGUAUAACAACAAGUCAGAGAGGUUAGUUUUGAAUGCUACUUUCUACUUGGUUGAUUCUGGGUUGUUUGAGCAAUUUGCUUGGGGGAAAGAUUUGUUUGAUUGCACAAUAGAGUUCUUGAAGAACAGGUUUAAGGCUAUGAAAUCUGCUCGGUCUUUUAAAGGCUUGACGGAUUUCCAUUAG